AUGUCCGACUCCGACUCCGUCAAGAAGGCUGUUAUGAAGCAGGUUCUUGAAGAGUCCAACCUUGCCAACGCCCGCACUUUGAUUGAGAACGUCCAAAUAAACUGCUUCGAUAAGUGCAUCACGAAGCCCGGAGGCUCCCUUUCCAAGAGCGACGAGACCUGCGUCACGUCGUGCAUGGAAAAGUACAUGGCGGCGUGGAACCAGGUCAACGCGGCUUUCAUCUCCCGCGUCCGCCGCGAGCAGGGCGGCCUAUAA